AUGUCAUUGAUCAACAAUUCAACAUUUCCUUCAAUAACUAACUCAUUGUUCUCUUCAUCAAAAUUGAAAGAAUGCGAAUUUAAAUUUGUUGCUUUAAAUGGUCAAAAUACGAAUGUAGAUAAUUAUAUUAACUUAAUUUCUAUACAGAACAAAGGAAUUCAGACCAUUCAACUUGAACUGAAUUAUUUUAUUACUGCAAGUUUUAUAUAUUUAUUGCGAAGUGAGAUGCUGCAAUUAACAUCUCAAAGCCUUCGAAAACUAGUUUUACAAGAAAUCAAGUUCAAUAAAGAUAAUCUUGCAAAUCUUGUACCAAACUUAGAGGUUUUAUUAAUAAGAAAUUCUUUUGGAAAUCCUUUAGGAGAAGGUCAAAAUAUCUUAAAAAAUCUUCAAAAACUAGAAUUAAUGAAUAAUGACAUAGAAUUAAAUAAAAUUAUGUUAAAGGCAAUAUGCAAAGCACUAAAAUUUUUUAUAAUUUUUGAGAUGGAAUUAAGCAGUAAAGUAAAAGAGGAACUUAUUAUUCAGCUUAAUUUAAAUUAUCCAAACAUAACCACUUUAUGUUAUGUAACUGAUAAUUUUAUAUUUUCUCCAACACUUAAAAAAUUUCAAAAACUUCGUCAAUUACAAAUUGGGCAAUUAGCUUAUGAUAUAAUUAUUUACUAA